AUGUUUUAUGAGCAACAACUGCAAUUGUCGAUAACGACGGCCCAUCUCUCACUUCCGCUCCUCGGUUACCGCCAAAAAUCCUUUGAUAAAUUACUAUUUCAUCUUUGGAUUUGGAGUUUCUCGCGAAACUUUCACGUUCCCCCUCGUUUUUCGGGCGCGGUCCGUGGGAGCGAUAAUCCUCGGCUACAGCCGGAGCUCGGCGCAGGGGCCGGACAAUCGCAGGGGGUUUUUAAUUUGGCGGCCGCCCGCUGUGAAUGGAUUAUCAGUGCGGAGUUGCAAUUAGUCAGUCGUGUUGUGGUCGUCGCCGUCGUUUCCCGUAAAACGUUGGAUGAACCCGCCGACGACGCUGCAUUUAGAUUAUUCAAGAACGAUUUUGGAUCAACGUUUGUCGCUCAACGCGCAUCGCUCUCGUUUUUAGCGUUUACCUUAUCCAGUGUUAUCAAGUCUAGAUCAUCAUACAAUACUUUCUAA